UCCUGGGCAGGGAGAGCGUUUCCAUUAUGUUCUGGUUUUCAUGCUGUCACAAGCUGCCAUCCUUAUAUCUUAUUACAGUAGCAAUGAGAGGAAGACUCCACCGUUAGAAACAUAAUGUGACACACAAUCAACAGAAUCAAGUUCUGUCACCAUGUUACUGAGCUAACGUUAGCUACGAGGCUACUUUGACAAUCCUUUUAAGUUGCUGACAGGUUAGCUUGCUGCGGCUAACUCCGCUAUGUGACUAACUCAGGCGAUAAAGAAACUCCCUGCAACUCCCAGGUGUUGCAGGUCGCUCUCAUGUGCCCAUGGAGAAGGUGGCCUUUGAGGGGUGGCUGGAGACAGUCUCCGCCGCUUUCCUUACUCUGAAUGACCAGCAGAGGAACCAGUCUCUGGACCACCUCAUCUCGCUCAGCGGUGCGGUUCAGCUGCGUCACCUGUCCAAUGGGCUGGAGACGCUGCUCAAACGGGACUUCCUGCGCCUCCUACCUCUGGAGCUAGCCUUCUACCUGCUCCGCUGGCUCGACCCGGAGACCCUGCUCAUCUGCUGCCGCGUCUGCAAACAGUGGAAUAAGGUGAUCAGCUCGUGCACAGAGGUGUGGCAGGGUGUGUGUCGAGAGCUCGGCUGGAGGAUCGAUGAGUCCAUCCAGGACGCAACUCACUGGAAGGGGGUUUACCUGAAGGCCAAACUGAGGAUGGUGCAGCUGAAGGACCAGGUGGCCUUCGAGACGUCCUCCCUCAUCGGACACAGCGCUCGAGUCUACGCGCUCUACUACAAAGACGGACUCCUCUGCACAGGUUCUGACGACCUCUCUGCCAAAUUAUGGGACGUUCGCACAGGGCAGUGCAUUUAUGGGAUCCAGACACACACCUGUGCCACGGUGAAGUUUGAUGAACAGAAGCUGGUGACCGGAUCUUUUGACAACACCAUUGCAUGCUGGGAGUGGAGCAGCGGUGCCAAAAUCCAGCAGUUCAGAGGUCACACAGGAGCAGUGUUCAGUGUGGACUACAACGAUGGGCUGGACCUGCUGGUCAGCGGCUCUGCAGACUUCUCGGUGAAGGUGUGGGCUCUGGCUGCAGGAGCGUGUCUCAACACUCUGACGGGACACACCGAGUGGGUCACGAAGGUGAUCCUGCAGAAGAGUGAGGUGGAGUCAAUGGUGCACAGUCCCGGUGAUCACAUCCUCCUAAGUGCUGAUAAGUAUGAGAUAAAGGUCUGGCCUUUAGGCAGAGAGAUAAACUGUAAGUGUCUGAAGACUCUGUCUGUGUCGGAGGAUCGCAGCAUCAGCCUGCAGCCUCGUCUGCAGUUUGACGGGCGAUACAUCGUCUGCAGCUCCGACCUCGGAGUCUAUCAGUGGGACUUCGCCAGCUUCGAGAUCCUCAGGGUGAUAAAAACACAGGACCCAGCGAACCUGUCCCUGCUCAGCUUCGGCGAGGUGUUCGCUCUGCUGUUUGAUAACCACUUUCUGUAUGUGAUGGACCUUAGGACUGAGGCGAUCUCAGGGCGCUGGCCUCUGCCCGCCUACAGGAAGUCUAAACGCGGCUCCAGCUUCCUGGCUGGCGUGACGUCCUGGCUGAACGGGCUGGACGGGGACAAUGACUCUGGACUGGUGUUUGCCACCAGCAUGCCCGACCAUAGCAUUCACUUAGUCCUGUGGAGGGAGAACGGAUAGAAGGACGCCAGGCGCCGGCACGGUGCUCCAAACAGCCAAGAUACAUCAUGCAUGGACCAAAGCAUUUUGUUUUUAUCUGUCUCUUCCUCAGCGUACCGUCCUCCUCCUCACACACACAGGAAUGCUCACAGACUGAGAACCACGCUCAAACGGAUUCUGCAGAACCCUGUGAACCUCUGAGUGGUCUUCAGAACUGUGGACAGGAACAGACGUGAUGAAAGCCAGCGUGUGUCAGCGGCUUCUAAAAUGUAAAACAAAACCACAGAAACUCUCUGGUCAGAAGCUGAAGGGGGGCAGUUUCUGUCAGAUCUGCUCUCUGCUCACUCCAGCACCGUGCUCUGUGAACGUUUGUAGCUAACAUAUGAUUCAUGAGGCUAAUGUUAGCCUCUGAGCUUUCUCACCAGGUAAACACUACGUCACCUGUAGCUCCAACAAGCACCAUGCUCAGCUGUUCAUGGAGCAGAUCUGCAGAAACAUCUGAAGAAGAGAAGAGUCGCCUUAAAUACAGACUCUGUCAAUUAUGGAGGACGUCUCUGAAGACGUCAGAGCUCCAAAUUAAAGGGACCUCUGGGACUUUUUUCAAACUGGAGCUAAAACUUUACAGAGCUAAGAUCUAAGUGACUCACAGGUUAAAAAGAAAGCAGUUUUAAGUUUCACCUGGUCGAGUUCUUCCUCCUGCAGCAAGUAAACAAGCUGUAACGUCUGCAACUCAAUCACCUCUUUAUUUAACAGAGUUAGAAAGUUUCUCCUUGACACGAUACUCGAUGAUUAAAUCAUGAUAGGUCCUUGAAGCAGACCUACUGAUAUCAGUUGUAUUAUCCACAUUGAUGGUAUAUAAAGAUGGAUGGAUCUUCACCUGUAACUGAUGUACUAAAGUGAAGCCAAAACACUCCCUCCACAGAUUAUGUAUUCAGAGUCAGUCUGUGCAGUAUAGAUUGUAAACCCACCUUUACCUUGUUGCUAAAGCAUCAUGGCUCCCUCAGGUGGGUCCAGACCACAGAGUCACAGGUUCUUGUGUGGGUUUGAAGCAGACUCUCACGGUUAUAGUGUGUUCAAUGACUCUUGUGUUAGUGUUUGUUACGUUUCCUCUUGCCGUUCCUCCUCUACUCUGAUAAUCUGGAGCAUGCAGCGCUGCAGGAACCUGAUUGGUCAACAGAGCUGUCAAUCAUGGCCUUACUAUGGAAGAGGGUUUUGGCCUCUGAUUAUUUUUAAGUCCUAACCUUUUUUCUCAAAAUUCUGUCUUUAAGAUCAACGACAACAUUCUAGAAUUCUGUCUUUAGAAUCAAAGACAACAUUCUAGAAUUCUGCCUUUAAGAUCAACGACAUCAUUCUAGAAUUCUGUCUUUGAUGUCAGAAUUCCAAGAGAAAAGUCAACGUUCUGAAGAAGAGUCAGAUCUAAACUGAUCCUGUUUUAUCCCUCUUUUUUAUCAUCAAGAACUAAUUCAAAGUAAACUAGUCAUAAACAUGAAAACUGAGACAUAAAUCAGCACGAUAAGGACUAACUAUAAUGACAGAAACCAUGUUUGACAAACGUUUAUUUGACCUGUGUUUGAUUUUACACUUUGACCCAUGUCCUAUCUGUUAACAUGAAGCAGGCGGGGCUUAUGAGCUGUACUGAAGACAGUCAGAAGGGAGAGAUCUGAAGGUUUUGGCUUCACUUUGAGGAGCAGUUCAUGUUGUACAUCAUUGUAUACAGUCUGUGCUUUGCAAUCAAGGAAUCCACCUCAGUCGUUACAGCCUGUUUGAUCCUCUGAAAUGUUCUGAAACAUUUAUUUAUCAGUUAAUUCGACGCUAACAUAUUAAGAAGAUGGCCAAGGUUGAAAAAAGUCAGAGUCCCCUUUAAGGAGACGUCCCUGAGAGGUUUUUAGAUGGUCCGCAGAGAGCUGGUCUGGUACAUUGUGGUGAACAAUGUAAAUCUUGGAGAGUUCCUCGUGGUCACAGAAUCUGCUUUUUUAGGGAUGUGUGGUUUCAUGUGGGCUUGAGAAAAUGUGAUGUGCCUUUUCAGUUGGUUUGAUGUUACAAACUAGAAUUCCCGGGCACAUGGCAGCGAGCUGACGACUGCAUUGUAACUCUUACUUUCAUGUUUUCAUAUUUACUGUGCUCUAACAGUCCAGGAUGUCUGUAUUUUAUAGUGCUCUACCUGACGUGCUCAGUGAGACGCUCUCUGGGUCUCUGACGGUGUGAAACAUCAGGGGUUUAUUUUUCUAAAGGACUCAUCGCUCAGCGGAGGAAGUAUCUAAAUUUAAUGUUUUAGGCAGAAAAUUGAAAAGAAUAAAUCUGCUCGUACUAAAGUGAAACUUAAACCAUGAAGGAGAGUUCCCAGAAUCCUCUUUGUUGUCUUCCUGCAGCAGCACAGAUUGACUCUAAUGUGCACAGAGUAGAUGUACAGACUGUUCUUAGUUUAAACAGCAGUAUGAUAGUCUGUCUCUUGCAGCUCACACGUGAUCUGUACAUACAACGAGGAGCAGGACAUGAAGCGUUUGUUGAUGUGUAUCUUCAGAGUCGAUUGCAUUGAACCACUGCACACUGUUGUUUCUCUCACUGCACCGUCACAGCUCUUUGGUCACCUGCAUCAGUCUACAAUCAGCUCGAGCUGCAGUCUUUAAUAAAUACAGAAACACACCGAC